AUGACAGAGUCGUCAUGUAUUAUCGACGAGAUAACACAGAAGCGCUUCCGGUGGCUUGGACAUGUUUUGAGAAAGGAAAACUCAAGCAUAACAAAAACAGUCCAUAGAUGGACACCACAGGGAAAGAGACCAAGAGGACGUCCCAAAACAAUAUGGCGGAGGACAAUAGAAAAUGAAUUAAAAGACCUAAAAAUGACAUGGGGAGAGGCAGAAACAAUGGCAAAGAACACACCAGAAUGGCGAGGACUUGUGUUGACCUUAUGCUCAGAUCGGAGCGAAGAGGAUACAUCAAGUUUGAUGAUUUACUUCAAAUCGAGAAUGGAAAGUAAGCUGAUGUCAGCAUUAGACUCAGGGAUGUUUAAGUUGGCCAAGAUUUUGAUAGAUGGCGGCCACGAAGUCAAUUUCUGUACCGAUACAGGAAUAACACCAUUAAUGCUCGCCUGCAAAUUGAAGGCACGUGAUCGGGACAUCAACGAGAAGAUUGAGAUUAUUUCAACACUUCUAGAAAACAACGCUAAUAUUAAUGCAAAAGACAACGAGGGGCGGACAGCGUUAAUGUAUGCAAUGCAUUCAAGAUGUAAAUCAACAAUACAAGUUUUAAAAAAGCAAGGUCUUGUUAUAACAGUAGAUGCACAGUCAAAGAUGAGCAAUGUUACUGCUAAAAUGAUAUGGGACAGCUUUGACCUGAAUGAAGAUUAUUCUUGA